UUAAGUCGGUAGCUCCGGGAAAUUGGGGCUCUAGGAUUGUCCACGCAUCCCAGUGUCUGCGAGAGAUCGGGAGACAGAUUUUGCACCAAAGCGAGUACGAGCUGGGUCAGGUGGCUUGGAAGGCUAGAAGGCGAUGGAGACCGGAGAGAGAAAGGAACGCGUUCAAAAACAAAGGCAAGUCCUGAUACUCUUUGUUUUGCUGGGUGUAUCUCGGGCUGGUUCCGAGCCUAGACAGUAUUCAGUGGCCGAGGAAACUGAGAGUGGCUUCCUCGUGGCCAAUUUGUUAAAAGACCUGGACCUGGAGGUAGGCGAGCUAGCUGCGAGGGGGGCUCGGGUCAUGUCCAAGGGGAAAAAACUGCGUUUGUUGUUCAAUGGGCAGACGGGGGAUUUGCUGCUAAACGAGAAACUAGACCGAGAGGCUCUGUGUGGCCGCACCGAGCCCUGUGUACUACCUUUCCAAGUGUUAUUGGAAAAUCCCUUGCAGUUUUUUCAGGCUGAGCUACGAGUUAGGGACAUAAAUGAUCAUUCUCCGAUUUUCCUAGACGAGGAAAUAAUUUUGAAAAUUUCAGAAAGUACCACUCCCGGAACUACUUUCCUAAUAGAACGUGCUCAAGACUUAGAUGUAGGAAGCAACAGUCUCCAAAAUUACACAAUAAGUCCCAAUUUCCACUUCCACCUUAAAUUACAACACAGCCCUGAUGGCAUAAUAUUGCCACAUCUGGUGCUGGACAAAGCGCUGGAUCGCGAGGAACAGCCUGAAAUCAGGUUAACCCUCACGGCGCUGGAUGGCGGGUCUCCACCCAAGUCCAGCACCGCUCUGGUCUGCAUUGAAGUCUUGGAUGUCAAUGACAACGCCCCUGAGUUUGCAAAGCUGCUCUAUGAAGUACAGGUCCAGGAGAACAGUCCCGUUGGAUCCCAGGUUGCCAGCGUCUCUGCUAGGGAUUUAGACAUUGGAACUAAUGGAGAAAUAUCUUACGUAUUUUCUCAAGCCUCUGAAGACAUUCGCAAAACGUUUCUAAUAAACUCAAAGUCUGGAGAACUCCGUUUAACACAGAAACUAGAUUUCGAAUCCGUUCAGACUUUCACAAUAAACAUUCAGGCAACAGAUGGUGGGGGCCUUUCUGGAAGUUGUGUGGUAUUUGUCCAAGUGAUGGAUUUGAAUGACAACCCUCCGGAACUGACCAUGUCAACAUUUAUCAAUCAGAUCCCAGAAAACUCGCAGGAAACCAUAAUUGCUGUAUUCAGUGUUUCAGAUCCUGAUUCGGGAGACAACGGAAGAAUGGUUUGCUCCAUCCAAGAUGAUCUUCCUUUCUUCCUGAAACCAUCUGUAGAGAAUUUUUACACCCUGGUGUCAGAAGGGGCUCUCGAUCGAGAGACCAGAUCUGAGUAUAAUGUCACAAUCACCGUCACUGACUUGGGUACCCCCAGACUGAAAACCGAGCACAACAUAACCGUGCUGGUCGCCGACGUCAACGACAACGCGCCCACCUUCACCCAAACCUCCUACACCCUGUUCGUCCGCGAAAACAACAGCCCCGCCCUGCACAUCGGCAGCGUCAGCGCCACUGACAGAGACUCGGGCACCAACGCCCAAGUCACCUACUCGCUGCUGCCGCCCCAGGACGCGCACCUCCCCCUCGCCUCCUUGGUCUCCAUCAACGCCGACAACGGGCAUCUGUUCGCGCUCAGGGCCCUGGAUUACGAGGCCCUGCAAGCGUUCGAGUUCCGCGUGGGCGCGGCCGACGCGGGCUCCCCGGCGCUGAGCAGCGAGGCGCUGGUGCGCGUGGUGGUCGUGGACGACAACGACAACUCACCCUUCGUGCUGUACCCGCUGCAGAACGGCUCUGCGCCCUGCACAGAGCUGGUGCCCAGGGCGGCCGAGGCGGGCUACCUGGUGACCAAGGUGGUGGCGGUGGACGGCGACUCGGGCCAGAACGCCUGGCUGUCCUACCAGCUGCUCAAGGCCACGGAGCCCGGGCUGUUCGGCGUGUGGGCGCACAACGGCGAGGUGCGCACCGCCAGGCUGCUGAGCGACCGCGACGCGCCCAAGCACAGGCUCGUCGUGCUGGUCAAGGACAACGGCGAGCCGCCGCUCUCGGCCAGCGUCACGCUGCACGUGCUGCUGGUGGACGGCUUCUCCCAGCCCUACCUGCCGCUCCCGGAGGCGGCCCCGGACGAGGCCCAGGCCGACUCGCUCACCGUCUACUUGGUCAUUGCUUUGGCCUCGGUCUCGUCGCUCUUCCUGUUCUCGGUGCUGCUGUUCAUCGCGGUGCGGCUGUGCGGGAGGCGCAGGGCGGCCUCGGUGCCUGCGGGCCACUUUCCGGGCCACUUGGUGGACGUGAGCGGCACCGGGACCCUGUCCCAGAGCUACCAGUUCGAGGUGUGUGUGACGGGAGACUCAGGGAGUAAUGAGUUUAAGUUCUUGAAACCAGUUAUCUCCGAUGGUCUCGUUCAAGACUGAGCGGGACUAGAGCAAAAUUCCAUUUGUGGGUAUAGCUUAGGUUUUCCUUAACAGAAGAAUAAAAAGUAGUUGUUUGGCUUGCUUUCUAAGAACAUUUUUUUUUUGACGUGUCUUAAUUUGUUUAUAUACUGGUUUUAGUAUAAUGUAGCUAGUUUGUUAAUCCAUGCGUAUUCUUUUUUCAUAUGCUUUUUAUCUUACUAAUGCAAUAUCAAUUGCUCCUUUUUUCCUAAUACUUGGCCAAAAAUAAAUUCAAACAGGUUUAUUUGAAACCAUUUCAAAUUCUAUUUUACAAAGCAAUGUAGAGAGUUCCAACACACCAAUCUUACAAUGAACUAUAUUGAAUAUAUUCAUGUAAUGCUCUGUAUAAUGCUCCUAAAGUUGCUUUGUCAAUGGUAAUGAAGUUUGAGGAUAGAUAAGGAUGUAUUUUCUUUGAGACAUAUUGGUGUACCAUUUUUUAUAGGUACAGGACUUAAAUGAAAGUAAUACAUUUGAUCGUUUUCUGUAUUGGCAUUUGCAAUUAAUAUUUCAAUAUUACACAUGUUUAUACUGGCUAUAGGUGGACAAAAAUUAAAGAACUAUAAGACAACUUUCUCUCAGGUUUGCCUAAAGUGCAUUUAUGAUAACUGAGAAAAAAAUUAA